AUGUGCCUUGUCACAGCCGCCAGGAGCCAGGAGAGCAGGAUGGAGCAGACGCUCCCUUACAGCCUCCAGAAAAGCAGCCCACCUGCACCUCGAUUUUGGAUGCUGAGCUUCCAGAACUGUGGAAGACUUAUUCCUGAGGCAGCGGCUGCCGUGUCUGUGAUCAUCUUAGCUACAGCAGCCCGAGGGAACUAUAGACGACAGGGCUCCCGCCUGCUUGCCAACAAGGAGAGGCACCAAGAAUUGGAUAAACCACUCAGACCAGAACCCCAGAAACUAGAUAAAGAUACAGCUGCAAGCAUCCAGCUCUGUGCGUCCGAGGACACCGAGCAGCACCAGCGGGACAUCACCCGAAUUCUCCAACAGCAUGAAGAGGAAAAGAAGAACUGGACACAACAGGUGGAGAAGGAGAGAGCGCUAGAGCUUCAAGAGAGACUGGACCAGCAGCGAAGGGUCCUGGAAGGGAAGCAUGAGGAAGCCCUGCAAGCCCUCCAGGCCUCAUGUGAACAGGAGAAGGAAGCUCUUACGAACUCCUUCCAGGAAGCCAAAGCUGCCCUGCAGGAGACCAUAGCAGGACUGACUGCACAGCUGGAGGCCUUCCAGGCCAAGAUGAAGAGGGUGGAGGAGUCCGUUCUGAGCCGAGACUAUCAGAAGCACAUCCAGGAUUAUGGGAGCCCUAGCCAGUUCUGGAAGCAGGAGCUGGAGAGCUUGCACUUUGUCAUUGAGAUGAAGAACGAGCGUAUUCAUGAGCUGGACAAGCGGCUGAUCCUCAUGGAGACAGUGAAAGAGAGGAACCUGCUGCUGGAGGAAAAAAUCACAACCCUGCAACAGGAGAACGAGGACCUCCACGUCCGAGGCCGGAACCAGAUGGUCGUGUCCAGGCAGCUCUCAGAAGACCUGCUUCUUGCCCGCGAGGCCCUGGAGAAGGAGUCACACUUACGACGACAGCUCCAACAGGAGAAGGAGGAGCUGCUGUACCGGGUCCUCGGGGCUGACGCCUCCUCCGCCUACCCUCUGGCCUCUGUCACCCCCACCGAGGUCUCUUUCCUGGCCACAUAGGGCACGCAGCGUGGGCCUGCCAUGACACCUGUGGUCACAGCUCCUUCCAAGGACUUUCCAGAGGAGACAGGAGAAGCCUCUCAGUUCUCUUCCCAGAAAGGAGCGAGGUGGGAGUGAGAUUGGGAGCCAGGGCGUGUGCCCAGGGAGCCCUGAGGGCUUGGGUCACACAGAUCACCACGGGGCUUUGGAGGCCCUGAGAGUGUCUUUCCUUGGGUUGGUCCAGGGAACGAGUAAGAGGAGUCCUUCCCUGCUCCCCUCUCUGUCCAAAUUGGGAGGUUCUAAGGCUCUCCCCAAGGGCAGCUUGAGCCACUUCAGCCAUCUGACAAGGAGACCACCCAGUCCUGGCUUGUCAGCUUUGCUGCCAGCUGGCCGACUUCUCGGCUUCCCCCAAAUACUCCCAUUCUGCCCUGUCCUUUCCUCGGUCUCGGUUUUCCCUGCUCUAAAACAUGUGCGGGGACUGGUCAGAUGGCACGAGUCACUGUAGUGUCAAGUGUAGGGGUACCUGGAGGUCAUACUGGGGCAGUGGACAAACCCUGUGAAUCAGGCCCAGAAGUGAGCACCUGGGGGGAAGGCCCUGAAGGCCCUUGGGGCUGGGAGAUAGCCGCCCCAGAUAAAGCUUGGCUCCUGGAGCCAGAGUCCAGCUGCUCAAGGCAGUGGCCAGAGCCCCUCAUCCUCUCCUAGGACGGCUCGCCGCAGCCCUCCUGGUGGUGCAGUCUCAGUGCCACCUGGGCACAGGGGCACCUUAGUGGGUCUCAUGCUCACAGUCAGAGCUGGACCCUCAUCCCUGGACGGUGAGGAGACCGAGGUGGGGAGCGGUUCCUCCAGUCAAGACUGGGACCCCACCUGUCAUCCGGGCCUCAUCCUAUUGCGUUGCCCCCGGUCCUGGGAAAACCAGGCCUGUGACUUAGUCCUUCCCUUCCUUCCUGUCCUUCACCCCCUCCACUCCCAGGCGCCUUCACUCCUGCUCUCUGCCUUAACUCCUCCUCCUCCUCCCCCCACUCCCGGAUCCCAGGCCCCGGGUGCCUGCCACCUGGCUCUAAAUCUGGCUCUCGGCUUCACCAUCAGGGCACAAGGGAGGCUGGGGUAGCUAGCCUCAGCAAACCUUCCCUGUCUACCUGUGGAUUUCAGGUUCUUCUCAGGAAGCUUCCAGUCAGCUAGAGACUGUAAGAAUACCUCCCCACCCUCCUGGAGUAAGCAUUUUCAUCAACAUACUCGCAGACGCCUCCCCACUCGGAUCCUCAUCAGAUCCCUGAGGCAGGUUCUUAUCCCUCAGGUGGCAGCAAAGGAAUCUGAGAUCACAGGAGCCCAGGGCCUUGCCUCAGCGCGCCCAGCUCCAGCCCUGGGCUAGCGGGUCAGAGAAGACAGUCUGCAAACCAGUCAGGCUGCGGUGGCAUCACCCAGACUGUCAUCUUCAUGCCCCUGGAGAGGGUCUCCACCCGUGUCCAGCUCUAGAAGUCCAGAUGUGACUGUGUCUCCAUUUUCCAGCUAAGCAGGGGCCAGAGGCAGGGCUGGGCUGCACUGCUUCUCCAGCUGUGGUCAGGCAGGGUGUCCGGGAGCCUGACGGACAGCUCUGGAGUGAGGUGCACGUGCACUUUUCCCAGAGCACAUCUGGGAGACCCUAGUUCAUUGGACAUUCAUAGGCACAACGGAGAAAAGAAUAAGUGGCCAAGUGUUUUGGGAAACUCUAGGUUUCUUGCUACACAGAUCUGCAACCUGCAGGACUUCUCAGAGCCUUUAGUAUGCUAAUAUGCAUAAUGUGCUAAUAUGCAUUGCAAAUUUCCAAGAGGGGAACAAGUAGCCAGCAUUUCCCAAACAUCUUUGACCAAGCUCCCGCUGGCUCUCCAGCCUCAAGGACUUCAGGCUGCAGAGUGCACUUUAGAAAGCAUCCUUGUAACUGAGAGGGGUGAGUGCAGAAGGGCCAAGUUGCAGGGACGGGAGUUUCCCUAUGAAGUUUGUGAUGGACCUCAGAAGGGGAUAAACUGUGGCAUGGUCUCACUCUGGGACAGAUGAGCUUCGGAAAUGAAAAACAUGCCAUAUCUUAUUUA